CCACUCCAUUAUUUUUAUUUUGGGUCUUAUCUCUAUCCUCAUUUCUCUGCAACUCUCUCUCUCUCUCUCUACUCCUUUGGGAGUGUGCAGAUUGAUGACAAGAAACCCCAUUACGUGGAAACCCAAGAGGAAGAGAAGACGAAGAGGACAAGGAUAAAGGGUAACUAAAUCGCUGCUUCUGUGGCUUCGUUCUUUCCAAUUUCUGCAUACCUUUUUGCGCCAGAUAAAAAUGGAGUUUUUGGUGGGUCCCGCUUUCACGAUCGACGUUCCGUCGUCUCCGUCGCCGGACGGCCACCCCGACGAGCGGAUCUUCCUUAACGGGUCGCCGGAAGAUGAUGGGCCGAACUUUCGGAUCUCGGGCCCAUCUAAGUUCUUCGCCGGCGGCGUGUCGGAGAGUUCGUCGUCGAUCGGAACCCCCGACGACAGUGAGAACGAAGAGGAGGAAGAGGAAGUGCAGAGCAAGCUGAAGAUACGAACUGGGUUGGGUUCUUUGGAUGCUUUGGAGGAUUCUCUUCCCAUCAAGAGGGGAUUGUCGAGUCAUUUUGAUGGAAAAUCGAAAUCGUUCUCAGAUCUAUCUCAAGUGAGCACUUUGAAGGAUUUGAAGGAGUUGCAAAAGCAAGAGAGUCCUUUCAACAAGAGAAGAAGGGUUCUGAUUGCAUCUAAGUGGUCCAGAAAAUCAGCUUUCUAUUCCUGGUCCAACCCCAAAUCCAUGCCUCUUUUGCCUGUGGAUGAGGAUCAUGAUGAUGAUUAUUAUGAAGAGGAGGAAGAAGAAAAAGCUAGAAAAGUUCCCUCUGCUUCCUCUUCUUCUUCCUCCUCCCUGGCUGAGGAGAAGAAACAAGAAGAUCAGGUUCAGCUGAGGCUCAACAGAGUUCCACAAUCUUAUGCUGCUGAGAUGAGGCUAAGACUUGGAAGCUUCAAGUCAAGGAGCUUUUCUCUCGCAGAUCUGCAAGAGCAUGAUGAUGAGGAAGAAGAUGAUGAUGUUGAUUAAUUAACAUUUGACAUAGCUUUUUUUUUUUUAUUCUUUUGUUAUUGUUGUUACUAAAUAAAAUUAAAUAGUGUUAAGUAAAAGUAACUAUGUUAAAAAAAAAUAAAAAAAAAUUAUCCUUCUGUUUCUACCUUUUUUCUGCUUAAAAAAAAAUGAAUUUUGUUAAUAGAUAUACUGUGCAUAUCCUGUGGGUCAAGGGCAGUAAUGAAAGCUUCAUAGUUCAUAUAAUGACAGGAGCUCUGAGCUUUACUUUUCUUUU